AUGCCGGCGACACUCACCGCAGGGCAGCUCGAUGCCAUCAGUAUUAUCGAGAGAGCCUGCUCUGUCUUUUCGCUCCUUGGAUGUCUCUUUACGAUUGUCACGUUUUGCAGCUCGAGUGCUUUCCACAAGCCCAUCAACCGGCUCGUCUUUUAUGCGUCCUUUGGCAACAUGAUGACCAACGUCGGCACCCUCAUGUCACGGUCCUACCUGACUGACAUCUUGUCUGCCGGCUGUCAGUUCCAAGCCUUUUUGAUUCAGAUGUUUAUGCCGGCUGAUGCCUUCUGGACACUGGCCAUGGCUGUCAAUGUCUAUCUUACCUUUUACUACAAGUUCGAUGCCGUUGCUUUGAGACGGAUGGAAAUCCCAUACCUAGUGCUCUGCUACGGUGUACCAUUGAUCCCGGCUUUUGUUUUCAUCUUUGUCGAGAACCAGCAUGGCGUCCGCGUCUAUGGCAACGCGCUUCUCUGGUGUUGGAUCUCGUCAGAUUGGGAUAUCUGGCGUAUUGCAGCGUUCUAUGGUCCUGUCUGGGUCGUCAUCAUCAUCACCUUCUUCGUCUACAUCCGCGCCGGCCGUACCAUCUACGAGAAGCGCAAGCAGCUGCGCGACUUCCACUCCUCCACCGACCCAGACCCUCUGUCUGUUAACGGUGACGCGCAUUACUCGGUGAGGACCACAGAGGUCACCAUCACCAGCGAGGCCAUCAACACCGCCGACGGUGCCCCCGCGCCGUUUGGUCGGCACACUGCCAUCAGCGCGCAGCCCCCCAAGCCCUCGCCCGAAGACAACCGCGCGUACUCUAUCCAUGUCACCUCGCACUCGAUCGGCUCUGUUCACUCGGCCGAGGACGUGGAGCUACCGCUUCAGGGCCGCGAUGAGCCCCCUAAACCGUCGUUGCCGACGACUACGCCGCAGCCCAUCAGCAGCUUUACCACGCGGCCGCAGCCGCCGCCCCGUGUGCCCCGUGUGCCGAAUCCGCAUCGCCGCCGCAACCAUGAGCUCAACAACGCGGCGUGGUCGUACACCAAGUGCUCUAUCCUUUUCUUUACUGUUAUCCUUAUCACUUGGAUCCCGUCGAGCGCCAACCGCGUGUACUCGGUUAUUCACAAGAACGAGAUCAGCAUCGUCCUCGAGUUCAUGAGCGCCUUUGUGCUACCGCUGCAGGGAUUCUGGAACGCUGUGAUCUAUGCCACCACCUCGUGGGCGGCGUGCAAGAACUUCUUCCAGGAUCUGCGCUACCGCAACCGGCCCGAUAUCACGGAGCUCGUCGACGGCCCCUCAACAUCAGGCGCACGUGGGGGCCACUCAGAGUACCCGGCGUCGUCGUUUCCUACCGCGGGUGCACAAAAGAGCAGGUUCGGCGCGGGAGGCGGCUUCCUUGGCGCAUCAUCGAAGCCGACGCCUGCGAAGCCAUUCGAUAGCGAGAGCGCCACAGAGCUAUCGACGACGCGGACGAACUCGGCAGAUGGCCAGAGGAACUAA